CGCGGCGGGGGCACAGCCUCGCCCUCACCGCCGACGGCUCCGUCUGGAGCUGGGGCUGGUUGGCCGCCUGCGUUGGGGGUGGCGGGCAUGGCGUUCGCGGCGGAGGAUGUGCCGCCCGCUCGCGUAGCCGCCGACGUAAUCGAGGACACACUCCUGCCCGCCAAAGAGCAGGUUGCUGCUGCGUCUGGUGGUGCGCUCGAGAGGCUGCUGCUCCGCAGCGCUUCACCCACACCGGGCGAGCCUAUCGAGGUUGAGCACGAUGACUCUCCCAGGAGCAGCGUGGAUACACCCAGCGUGGUCGAGCCGGCGAAGCUGUCGGGAGCGGCGUCGGCGCUGCUGGUGCUCGUGUGCGCCUGCCUCAUCUCGAGCACCGGCCUGUUGACGCGCGCCGCCGAGGUGGAUGGCCAGGUCCUCUACUCUCCGUUCGCCGCCUCGCUCUUCUCGGAGCUCGGCAAGCUGGCCAUUGGGGUCGUCUGGGCGAUGGCGGAACGCACGCCCUUCCCGCCGCCUGCGGAGCUCGGCCGCGCCGCGCUCGCCUUCGUGCCUCCAGCGCUGGGCUACGUCGUCGUCAACAACUUGCGCUUCACGCUGGUGCAGGUCAUCAACCCGGGCCUGCUGCAGCUGCUGUGGAACCUCAAGAUCGUGUUUAUCGGCGCGCUGUACGCGCUGCCGCCCUUCCACCGCCGGCUCGAGCUGCACCAGUGGGGCGGCGCUGCGAUCCUCGUCGCAGGCACGUGCGCCGCGGAGGCGUCUCAGUGGGAGGUUUCCGACUCUGACGGAAACUCGAUGACGGGCGACGCAUGGGGGAUGGCUCUAGUCGCCGUCUCGCUCACGCUCACGUCCGCCAGCGCGGUGGCGUGCGAGCACGCCUACAAAAGCACGGACCUCUCGCUGCCGCGCCAAAACAUCGUCCUCUACUCGUAUGGCGCCUGCCUCAAUCUCCUCGCCGCCACGGCGCUGCGAGAGGAGGUCUCCCUCGCCGACCUAUCCCUCAGCUCCCUCACGCAGCACUUCUCCGGCUGGACGUGGGCCGUCGUCGCAGCGCAGAGCCUCGCCGGCUUCUCGGUGGGCGCCGUCUUCAAGUACGUCGACUCGGUCGCGCAGGUCUUCGCCGACGUGUGCGCGAUGAUCGUGGCCGCCGCCGUCUCCCACUUCCUCUUCGGCCUCGCGCUCAACCGCCUCUUCCUCGUGGCGAUGCUCACCUGCGCCGCGGCGCUCUGCGUCUACUACGCAGACAAGCUGCCGCCCAACACACCGUGCGUGGCGCGACUGCUCCGCCGUGCACGCCCGCUGCGAGGGCACAGCCCCGCUAUCGUCGAGAUGCUGAGGAGUGCGCCAGCGAAGAACGAGCUCGUGCGGGAGCAGGGCAUAGGCGACGGGGAGGAGAGCCGGCCUGGCGGCGAGGAGCGUGUGGGUCUAGCGGGCGAGAGAUGCGAGAGUGCUCAGUUUUAAACGUACAUGUUGUCCUGGCUGUG